CACGACCUACACGACCAACACGACCAACAUGCCCGCAGAAAGAAAGACCGCGCUAAAGCGCCGCCAACUCCCCUUCAAACCUCCAAGCCGAACCUCUGCCUCUGCCUCUGCCUCAGUUUCGACCUCCGCCCCGGCCCCCGCUCCAACCUCACCACCACCACCAGCAGCCUCCAAACCCAAGCCCAAACCAAAGUCCAAACCAACCACGAAACCCAAACCCCGAGCCCCCAAAUCCUCAGCCCCAUCAACAACCACAUCCAAACCCGCACGCCCCUCAACCAAAUCCAAAGGCAAAGCCCCAGUCUCCGCCCCCGCCUCCGACAACGAAUCCGAUUCCUCCUCAUCCACAUCCUCUUCACCUUCCGCAUCCCCAGAACCAGAACCGGAUUACAUCCUCGCAGAAAUUAUCCACAACGAGACAAAAUCUGAUUCCGUACUGACGAAUGACCCCGUGAUUCCCCCGAAGUUGUUAACGAGGUUACUUCAUCACCAUUUCCAGAACCAGAAGACGAAGAUCGCAAAGGAUGCUAAUACGGUUGUUGCGAAGUAUGUGGAUGUUUUUGUGAGGGAGGCGUUGGCGAGAGCGGCGUUUGAGAGGAGGGAGGCGGUUGGGAAGGGGGUUAGUGUUGGAGAUGGGUUUUUGGAGGUUGAGGAUUUGGAGAAGAUGGCGCCGCAGCUUGUGAUGGAUUUCUAGAAUGGGUUAGUUAGACUUGCUUGGGUUGGGUUGGAGUUUGGAGUUUAAGGAGUAGAGUUAUGUUAUGAUACCAGACGUUGGGGAUGAUGGGUUGAGGGACACUUCAGAGGUAUGUGGAUAAAUGCGCAUUAUGGAGUUCUGAAUCAUGAGAAUGUAGUC